CUCGCGGUAACGUUAGUACACUGUUAGCUUGCUAGCUAACCCCAUCGUUUCCAGGUUUCGUGUCGACCUGAAAACAGCAAACGAAGAGAGACACAGAAACGCUACGCAGCUGAAUAUUCUUUAAAUCCAAGCUGCACUAAGGAGCAGGACAAUGCCACACAACUUCCAACCCGGAGACCUGGUCUUCGCUAAAAUGAAGGGAUACCCCCACUGGCCAGCCAGGAUUGAAGAUGUGGCUGAUGGGGCAGUGAAACCACCUCCUAAUAAAAUCCCAAUAUUUUUCUUUGGAACACAUGAAACAGCAUUCCUUGCACCAAAGGACCUUUUUGCCUAUGAAAAGUACAGAGAACGCUACGGAAAGCCCAACAAAAGGAAGGGAUUCAAUGAAGGGUUAUGGGAGAUCCAGAACAAUCCACAUGCCUCCUACAGUGCCCCGCCUGUACCAGCCAGUUCAUCUGACAGUGAAGGCAACAAUGCUGGAGGAGGAAGUGACGAGGAUGAGGAUGAAGAGGUUGCAGUUCCUCAGAAAGCCGACUCAGGAAGUGAGGUUGACUCAGAUUCUGGGAGUGAAGACCGUGGAAGGGGAGGCGGAGUGAAGCGAAAGCCCCCAGCUCCCAAGCGGCCUCCUCCUCCAAAAAAGGCUCGAGGCUCGUCUAGUGACCGAGAUGAAGAGGAGAGUGGAUCCCCCUCUGAAUCAGAACCCACACCUUCAGAAUCUGACUCUGGAAAGAACAGUGACCAGGACUUUACUCCAGAGAAGAAAACUGGUGGAAGAGGUGGAAAGAAAACAGGAGGCAGAGGGAAGAAAAAGAAGGCUUCGUCUGACUCGGAUUCAGACUCAGGAUCAGGGUCAGAGAAGAAAGUAGUGGACAGUGACUCAGAGGAUGAGAAACCUCGACCAGCUCUGUCUGGCUCAGAAUCCCAGUCUGGCUCCAAGUCUGAAUCAGACUCGGAGCCGCCUCCUCGGAAGGGCCCACAAGCACGCAAGAAAGAGAAGCCUGCACCAAAGCCUCGUGCACGGAAACCCAAACCCACCCCGGCAAAACGAGCACCAUCAUCAUCCUCCGACAGCGACAGUGAUAGUGAACCUGACCGCAUCAGUGAGUGGAAGAAACGAGAUGAGGAACGCAGGCGAGAGCUAGAGGAGCGCCGGAAAAAGGAGGAGGCAGAGGAGCUUCGGCGGUUACGUGAGAGAGAGAAAGAGGAAGAGGAGAAAAAGAAAAAAGACAAAGAUAAGGGUAAAAAAGGGAGCGACAGUGAUAGCAGCAGUAGCUCAGACGAGGGUGUAGAUGAUCACCCAUUGAAGAAGUCAAAGAAACCCCCUCCACCUCCGAUCCCUGCACCCUCUGACUCUGACUCUCCACCACCAGCUGAGGUGAAGAAACCCAAAAAGCCAGACAACCAGAAAAAGGCAAGAAUAAAGAAAGAAAAGGAGAGAAAAGAAAGAAAGGAGAAAGAGCUAAAAGAGAAGAAAGCCAGACGGUUAGAGGAAAAGUCCAGAUCAAGGUCUAAACCUGAAAAACCCAAACGCAAACCAGAGAGGCCACCAGAGAAGAAAGUGGAAAAGAAAAAGGAGCCUUCACCAGAAGAACGGUUACAGAAACUCCACACAGAUAUCAAGUUUGCACUCAAAGUGGACAACCCAGACAUAGAGCGGUGUCUACAAGCCCUGGCAGAGCUUGAGGCUGUGCCUGUCACCAGCCAGAUCCUCCAUAAGAAUGCUGAAGUUAUUGCCACAUUAAAGAAGAUUCGGCGAUAUAAAGCCAGCACUGCAGUCAUGGAAAAAGCUAGUGACGUUUAUAACAAGUUAAAACUUCGCUUUGUGGGAAAGACAGAGGUGGCAGCUAAACCUCAAACAGAGAACAAGGAACCAGAUGAUAAUGAAAAAGAAACACAAGACACAGAUUCCACUCCAGUGAACGGGGAAUCAGAGCAAAAAAAAGAUGACAUGGAGACAGAGGAAAAACCAAAAUCACCUGCCCACGAGGAAAAUAAUGACGAUACCCCUUCAAGUCCAAACAGACCGAGCCCAGACAGCCCUGCUGAACAACAGACACACACCUAUGAAGAAGCAGACAACUCCAUCUCUGCAGAGGCGGAACCACCUGCUGUUGAAAGCUGAAAGACCCUUAACCAACAAUGCAGUGGACCAAGUACUAAAAGAUGGAGGCCUCUUUAUUUGACAUCAUACAGUGCUCCUCGCCCAACCACAUUGCAACACACACCCAGCAUUUCCUACAGUAUCUGUUACAUCAUUGUUGAUGUUUUGGACAUUUUGUACUAUAAUGAUAUCAAGCCAGAAGGCCCUGUUGCUCACACCCUUUGGUCCUUUAUUGAUCCCAGCAAAAAGGAAAGCUUAUUAGUGUGAUAGUUUGUGACGCUGCGCGAACCCCUUCUGUUUCUGAAAUGUACUUUUCCUUUUAUACGACACUCGGCCCGUCCUGGAUCCUCAACCCAACCCUCUACCCCUGGCUACAUGUUCUUUCUACCACAUGAACUCUUACUUUGGUCUUUCCACACCAUAUGUAUAAUGAAUGAUUACAUUUUUAGCACUUCUAACCGGUGUUUAGGCUGGGGUAGUAUGAGAUCGAACUUUAAUGAUUCUUGUGGGGAAAAUGGGUGGAAAUGGAGCCAUGCUGUUAAUUUUUUCGCUUUGAAGAUUUUAUGCAGCCCUUACAUCUGUUGGCUUCAUUUUUUUUUUAUAAACUACAAAACAUCACAAAGGCCUCUUGUCUGUGUGUAUGGCAUUGUGAGAGUGGUGAAGUACUAUUUGUGAGUCUUUUAUGUUUAGUAUUUUUUUAAUUAUCUGGUUUUGAUCCAGUUAAUACAGUCUGACAUGUAAAGCGAUGAGUUGAGUCACUUAAAACUGUUUUCCAACUGAGGUCCACCUACUUUUUUAUAGCCUCGUUUUCAGAUAUUUGCAUCUACAGGUUUGUCUAAAAUAAUAAUUGCUGUGGAGUUACACACCUUGCACUCUCAUCUCCCUGUAGUGUCUGCAUUCAGUAUUGCAUAAUAAAUGGAAUAAAUGUACAGGUCGAAAACUGCACUCACAAGCAAUUGAGAUCUCAUGUAGCUGCAGCUUAUUUUGACAUUUUCCCGUCAUAUGCAUACAACAGGUGUUUUUAGUGCUCUGUAAAUUGGUAAAGCAUUUCUAUCACUUAGUUGAGACUUGAAUAAAAAUCUCAGCAUGA